AAGGAAAAUCAACAAUAGCUGUGACAAGCUGCUGCCUCUUGGGUGUCAUGGCCAGUUAGAAGUGUACUGACUUCUGCAGUUUACUCUGAAGUGCAUAAAAGGAUAAAGCAAGGAUAGGAAGGAAAACAGAUCUCAGCUCUCAUCAGAAACAUCGAUGUCUGUUAAAGGAAACCAUACGUGAAAGUCUAACCUAUGAAGGUGCAAAAGCUGCAUCAGUUGAUUGCUUUGAGAUGGGAACGACAAGUGAUGAGAUGGUGUCUGUGGAGCAGAGCUCCUCCUCCUCUCUAAACCCCCUGUGUUUUGAAUGUGGCCAGCAGCACUGGACAAGAGAAAACCACUUAUACAAUUACCAGAAUGAAGUGGAUGAUGACCUGGUCUGCCAUAUUUGCCUUCAGCCUCUGCUGCAGCCACUAGAUACCCCUUGUGGACACACGUUCUGCUACAAGUGCCUCAGAAACUUUUUACAGGAGAAAGAUUUCUGUCCUUUGGACCGGAAGAGACUUCAUUUUAAGUUGUGUAAGAAGUCUAGUAUUCUAGUUCAUAAACUUCUAGACAAAUUACUAGUUUUAUGUCCAUUUUCUUCAGUGUGCCAAGAUGUAAUGCAACGCUGUGAUCUGGAGGCACAUCUUAAAAACAGAUGCCCUGGAGCUUCUCAUCGGAGAGUUGCCCUAGAGAGAAGGAAAGCUAGUAAAACGCAGACAGAGAUUGAGAAUGAAAACGGACCUGCCCUGAUAGAUCCUCCGGGAACUUUAUCGUCAGAAACAGACUGUUCCGGGACAGGCACAGCGCCCGCCGAGCGGAGCUUGACUUCAGCCUCUCUUCCUGCAUGGACGGAGGAGCCUGGCCUGGACAACCCUGCCUUUGAGGAAAAUGCCGGAGCUGACACCCCACAACAGCCACUUAGUUUACCGGAAGGAGAAAUAACCACCAUUGAAAUUCACCGGUCCAACCCUUACAUUCAGUUAGGGAUCAGCAUCGUGGGUGGCAACGAAACACCGCUGAUUAACAUUGUCAUCCAGGAAGUCUAUCGGGAUGGGAUCAUUGCCAGAGAUGGCAGACUCCUUGCUGGAGACCAGAUUCUUCAGGUCAAUAACUAUGAUAUCAGCAACGUGUCUCAUAACUAUGCCAGAGCUGUUCUUUCCCAGCCCUGCAACACACUGCAUCUUACUGUGCUUCGAGAGAGACGGUUCGGCAACCGAGCAUCCAGCCAUUCUGAUAGUACCUCUCCACGAGAAGAGAUUUUCCAUGUGGUUCUUAAUAAACGGGACUCUGGGGAACAGCUUGGCAUUAAAUUAGUGCGAAGGACAGAUGAGCCAGGCGUUUUUAUUCUUGACCUCUUGGAAGGGGGACUAGCUGCCCAGGAUGGCAGACUCAGUAGCAACGACCGAGUGCUGGCUAUCAAUGGACACGACUUGAAGCAUGGAACCCCAGAACUUGCUGCCCAGAUCAUUCAGGCCAGUGGAGAGAGGGUGAACUUAACCAUCACUAGACCAGGCAAACCCCAGCCUGGCAGCACUAUCCGAGAAGCGGCAGCUCACAGCAGCAGCCAGCACCACGCACAGCCGACGUAUUACAUCAGACCAAGCUCACACAAGGAUCUUACUCAGUGUGUCGCAUGCCAAGAAAAACACAUUACCGUAAAGAAGGAACCACAUGAAUCCCUUGGAAUGACAGUCGCUGGGGGCAGAGGCAGUAAGAGUGGCGAACUGCCCAUCUUUGUGACCAGCGUGCCACCUCAUGGCUGCCUUGCACGAGAUGGCAGAAUCAAGAGAGGUGACGUGCUGCUGAAUAUCAAUGGCAUUGAUCUGACCAAUUUAAGUCACAGUGAGGCUGUGGCGAUGCUGAAAGCCAGUGCUGCUUCCUCAGCUGUUGCCCUUAAAGCUCUUGAGGUUCAGAUUGUUGAGGAGGCCACACAGACCACGGAAGAGCAGCCGAGUACUUUCAGCGAAAACGAGUAUGAUGCCAGCUGGUCCCCAUCGUGGAUCAUGUGGCUUGGGCUUCCAAGUGCUCUUCAUAGCUGCCACGACAUAGUCCUCCGGAGAAGCUCCCUGGGGAGUUGGGGGUUUAGUAUUGUUGGUGGGUACGAAGAGAACCACGCCAAUCAGCCUUUCUUCAUUAAAACGAUUGUCUUGGGAACUCCUGCUUACUACGAUGGAAGAUUAAAAUGUGGAGACAUGAUCGUGGCUGUGAACGGCCUGUCUACCGUGGGCAUGAGCCACUCUGCGUUAGUUCCCAUGUUGAAAGAGCAAAGGAACAAAGUCACUCUGACAGUUAUUUGUUGGCCUGGCAGCCUUGUAUAGAAUUUGGAAAUUGGUUUCAAGUCAUGCAUUUUCCUUACUUUUAUUUUUUGGUUUUUGAAAGAAAACCAUUUGGUCUCAUUGUGUUUCUGGUUGUUGGGAGCUACUGACACAGCUGGUAUGUUCUGGGCCAAAACCCACUAAACUUGUGUCUUUGUUUUUAAUUUAAAUGGUUUCCUAAAGUUAGACACAUUUCUUUUAGCUUAGAAACAGUGUUCCACUAACCCUCGUGAGCUCACAUUUUCAGCAUUCAGACCCUGUGCUGUCAAGUGUUCCCUGUGGUAAUGACCAAAGCCUGCCCAACCUGUGACCAGCCAGCUGGAUUAAAGAACCUUGGGUGGUUCUUUGUUUUCACUAAGUAUAUCCUAAAAUGAGUUCUAUAUCCCCAGACUGAUGUCAGGGAAGCCAACACGAAUAGCAUUUACUGCCGCUUCGCAACCAACGCCUCGAAUGAAUACAUCUAGACCUAGGUGGUCACCGUUCCCCGUUUUCCACUGGUGCCAACAUUUCAAAAUGUCCUAUGUUCAUAGAGUGACUUUCUAGUUUAUUUUAUUUCGACUAUAAUCUCUAAGUACUCAUAGAUGAAGAUAUAAAGCUAACACUACUAAAGAGAUUUUAAGAAAAUCCUGUACCGCCGUUAGAAUAGUAGAGAAUAAAAGAUAAUAUGACCCCGUGACAAGGAACAUGGAAGGGAGUCACAGUUUCGUACUGGAGAUGCUAGAAGCCGCAUUUACUUGAAUAGUCCAAAAGCAUUAAAGAUUCAUUUCCAAAGGAAUGUUUUGUUACGUAGGAAAAUUUUGAAGCAGGUUUUGCUAAAAAUCAUUUCUAGGGUUUGUAUUAUACUUAGCAAUUUCAACUGAAAACGUUUUUGUGACUUCUGCAACUCAGCUAGAUGAUAAAAAUAAAACCACCUUGCUGUUAAAUGCACACACAUACAUCACCGCUUAGUAGAAGGGAGACCUUUUUAUUUUAUUCAGAGAAGAGUCUUUCUCGAGUGUUUUAAACACCCUGAUUUUUCCCGUGAUUUGUUAUAAACAUAAUUGUUUAAAGGGACUGAAAAGCCCUUUCUUUUGAAUGUGACACGGUAAGUUUUAGAGGCUGUUAUCUCAGCCAUCUCUUGGUCUCUAUUCUAUUCAUAGUUCUCUAAAUGUUUUUGAAAACCGCGUUUAGCCCGUCUCGUUGCCCUUUAUUCCACAUGGUUGUCCUUUGGAGGACACAUAAAGAUGUAAUAAGUCUCUUUACCUGAUUAAUAUUAUGCAUACUUGAAAAACACUGAUUUAGAAACCUAGUACAGAACCUGAGCUAAUUUACAAGUGACCUCUGUGACCUCUGUAAGAAAUGGCAUUGAUCAUCAGAGAAUGUAUUUGACAAUACUGCGAUAUAUUCUGAAGCAUGGCCACGUUUCUUCCCAACUUAGCAAUUGCAUUGCUGGGCUCCGUUGUAUCUGUAGCACGUCACUGCUGAUUCCAGGUAGUUUUAUAAUGUUUUUUUUUUUAAAAAAACAUACAAUAUUGGAAUAUAAAUAAGAAAUGAGAACAAUAGUUGCUACUGUCUUGUUCAACCCCUUAGCUACACACUGUAUAAUCAACAUGUAACCAAGAUACAGUGGGACGCCCCAUACAGUAUAUUACUGUUGUGAUGGUUGGCUUUUGAAGCAGUUUGAUAUGCUUUCAUAUUUUAAUUGACAUGGAACAAGCUUUUUUCCUGCUCCCCAGAUAGAAUUUUAUAACCGACUUUGCUAUUUUUUUAAAACAGUUUGUAAGAAAGUCAUUUCUUGGGGGGGUGGCCAUCCAACAACGUAAAUCCUAACUUUUACUUAGUUAUACAUAUAUAUAACUACUUUGUUUUAUAUUUACAUUGAAUUGGCGACACAACUAGUAUUUUGAAAGAGGAAAAUUGUUUUCAAUAUUGUUUUUAUCAUGGAAAUCUCGGAAUUAACUUAAGCUAUAGGUUUUGUGACCAAAAAACUAUAGCUUUUGGUCAGAAUGAUAUUUGGUGAUGGAAACGUGUUCAUUAAUUUAUUGUCACUGUUGAAAUAUUUGGAUUUUCUCAUUUUAAACUCUUACAGUUAAAUAUUUUGAUUUGUCUGUGCCUUCAGUUUAAAUUAUUUCAGGAUUUUUCAGACAUGUUUAAAUAAUGGUGUGAUAAUCAUUCAGGGUGAAAAUAAAAGUCAUCCUUUCCAAAAUA